AUGGCUGCUACUGUUGUUGUCAUUACAGAGAAAAGUAAUAUCGAUGCUCCCAAUCAACACAUUUCAUUAAUCGGACAUAUAAUUAUUAUUGUUCUAAUCAUAUUCCUUCUCUUCGUUGGCUUGCAUUUAGGAAGGCAUUUCGCCAAGUACAUAAGAAGAAAAUUCUCCCGCCGCCAAGAGCCCAAUUUGCUUGAUGAUAUAGAGGAACAAGAUGUUGAUGUUGAGAGAGAAAUUUCCAGACCAAUUUCCUCUGCAUCUGAGGAUACAACUACUGAAAAAGGAGUUGCUACAACUGCGCGUAGAAUGCUUCGGGCCUUACCAAGAGCAAUUUCAAAAGCUGCCCUUGUUGUCUCCAAAUCUACUCGUAGAAGGGCUCCUAAGAAUUCAGAAAACCAAGUUAAUAUUUCCACUAUUUUUAAGCCUAGACCAAGUUCUUCGUGCGAUCGAGAUGUUUUUGAUAUGACCAGAUUCAGCUCCUUCAAUUUAUAUGAGGACCCCCAACCCAGCACUUCUGCUACCACUGAUUUUGAAGUAUUGGGUGCUACCUGCAGUAAUUACUAUGAUGAAAACUGGGAGUCUUUUUUUUCUCAAGAUGGUUCUUCUGUCAGAGAAACUGCUUCCAAAAAUGAAACCUUUAAUCUUGAUUCUGAUUUGCCAAGAUUUAUGAAUCCUCCCUCAAGGAGUGCUAGAAACAAACAAGUUCAAGGAGUUAACGAAAGAGAUUUUACAACCUGCGAUAAUUACUAUGGUAAAAACUGGGAGUCUUUUUCUUCUCAAGAUUGUUCUUCUGCCUGGAAAGCAGCUUCCGAAAAAGAAACCUUUAAUCCUAUUUCUGAUUUGCCAAACUUGACUAAUCCUUCCUCAAGUGAUGCAGGAAAUAAAGGAGUUCAAGGACUUAGUGAAAGAGAUUCUCUUCGACUCCAGCCCUGGGGUGAUAAGUUAAACACCUUUGAAACAAAAUUAUCUGCUUCUCAAGGAUCUGCUUCUAAAGAUCACUAUGAUGAUUAUUACAAACAUCAAUCUAAGAAAGAUACAUACAACAAUCUUGAAAUCUGGCCUUCAAAUUCCAGCGUAAAAGAAGAGAUGGCUGAGGGGGCUACCUUUUCUCAAAAGAAAGUUAAAUUCAUUCAGGAUCAUGCUGAGUAUUUCAAUAACUCGAACAUACUUCAAGCCGCAGACGAAAAUAAAAUCAUCCAGUCGAUGGUAGAUGAAAGAUUCAAUACCCAUACCGAAUAUGACGGCAAUUACCACAAAAGUAAUGCAGAUAAAAAAGAAGCUUCUGGAAACAACUUUACUACCAAAGAUGGAAAGAAAAUUGUGAGAAUUUUAAAACCAGUUUCAGGAAAACCCUGUCGACCCAUUCAUGAAGUAUUAAAGCAAACUGAAGGUCCUGAACAAUAUUUGUUUCGUGAUAAGGAAAAUACCGCUGAUGAUUUGAAUAACUCAUCUGAAGAAAACGGGGAUCAAUCUCCUGGAAUAGUCAGCAUUGAAUUAUUUGAUUGGAAUACAGCUGAUGAUAGUAACUUGAUCAAGAAGAGGAAUAAUGAACCUGGAACAAGCAAACAAGCAACAGUAAUAAGAAGAAGUUAUGGGCAACGGGACAGAAAUGAACGAAAGAAACCAUUUGAGCAGCUAAAGAAAUUUUUUCAAUGGAAAAAGGCUAAAAAGUUUGAAGAUACUAGUACUGGUAAAAAUUGGAAAUUUUUAAGAGCUUUAAGGGAAACUCCUUACGAAGGCCAUAAUAAAAGUAUUCCACUUCCUGUUUUCUCUCCUGAGUCCAAUGGUUCUUGCUCCCAAGGAGCAGAAUGUUCUUUUAGGCGUUCAAAGGCAAUUACAUUUAUAAAAAAAUUGACGAAAUCUCCAAAGAAUGAAACUGACGAGGAAUCGCUUUCCCAAGAUGUGAAAAACGAAUUCAAUGCUGAGGCUUUGGUUCUCGAAGAAAUGAAGGAAUUUCCAGAGAAGGAAACUGCUGAUGAAUCAUUUUCCCUAGCUGUGAAAAAUGAAUCUAAAAAUGAGGCAUUGAUUUUCGAACCAGAGGCUUGGUCUAGCUUUGAAAACUUGUAUGAUGAAGAAAUUUUAAGUGACGAUGAAUAUGGAAAUGAAAGUGACAAUUUGGAGGAAGACAAUGAUUCUAUAAUUGCCUGUUACGACAGCAGUGAAUUUGAAUUUAGCGAUGAAGAUAAGGAAAAUCCUGACUCAAAUGAUUCUGAACGUAAUGGAGAAAGCAGACGUAUUUAAAAGACGGGAACUAGUCUCUGAAGAAAGAGCGACUAUAAUUAUUAACACCUUACUUCACAUUUUAAUGAAAUUUAUUUACAUUUGAAUGAAUUGUUCAUUAUUUUUUCU